AUGCUCUUGCGUGACAAUACAAGGGGAAACUUCUGUAGGGCCUAUGUGGGUCUUACGAGGGGCUUAGCUGGGCACAUUAUUGGCCCUUCGUGGACACCCUACAUGGGGCCUUCGAAGAUGAGCUAUAUUUUAAUGAUGGACAUAGGAGCAUUCAUGUCUUGGGCAUCGCCUGCCCUACCCUACCUAAAAAGUGAAGCAUCAGAAAUUCCUGUAACAGUUACGCAGGCACCCUGGUUAGCGGCUGUUGGAAACCUCUUUGCCAUACUAGGGAUACUUCUUUGCUCCACAAUCAUGAAUAAAAUAGGCCGGAAGUACAUCAUAUUGUUAUUUGGCCUGAUUCAACUGAUAUCUUGGAUUUUUAUUAAUUUGGCACGCAACUUCCCUUUUCUAUUAAUAGGAAGAAUUAUUUCUGGAAUAGGCUCUGGAGGUAAUCGUAUCGUCCUACCUGUGUACACAGGUGAAGUCUCUGGUAAAACCAUCAGAGGAAGAAUUCCGAACUUUCUCAAGAUUAGCUCGAACUUUGGAACUUUUAUUAUGGCAUCUGCCGGGGCUUUUCUACCUUAUCAUACUAUGAAUCUUGUAAUGGUUUCAUUGCCACUUAUUGGAAUCUUUUUAUUACUCCUUACAUCUGAAUCUCCGUAUUAUUAUUUGAUAAAAAGACGUGAUAAGGAAGCCAUAGAUGUACUAAUGAAAAUGUCUUCUGUGGAAAUAUUAGAAAUGGUGAUGGAAGACAUUAAGAGAAUAAAGAUUGCCAUUGAGGAAAAUGAAAAUCUGGAAAAGAAUAGUUUACAAGAGACUUUUUCGCACAGUGGUAGCAGAAAAUCUUUUAUUAUGUAUGCUAUUGUGCAGUUUACUUAUUGUUUUUCGGGAUAUUUCGCCAUCAGAGGAUAG